AGGUAGAACAGAGCCAGAGGAUUAGGAGGAGGAGGAGGAGAUUCAUUGGAAUAUAAUAGAAUGGGACACCUUGUUCGCUGCCCGCGCUGAGGUUGAAGGACGAAGGACGCUUGAUGAUGAGCUGGACUGACGAUGCAUCCUUUGUUGGAUCUUCUUUUCAAUUCAAUUGCUUUUCAUCCGAUGAGCUUCAACGUAUAUUGAUCCUGACUCGUUGAUGCUCCUUCCUCCUUUCCUCUGCACUUGGAUCACCCAGCUCCUCGCCUGCAUGGGGUCGAGCAGUGGUUGUCUUGGAUGCUCUACUAAGCGUGCUAACAAUAAUGUCUCGGAUGAGCCAUCAAAGGGUUUGCACAUUCAAGGUCCAACAGUGAAGAAACAUUCUAUUUCGGAGGAUUUUUGGAGUACAAGCACUUUUGAGAUGGAAAAUAAUGGAGUGCAGUCACAAAGGAGCCUCUCUUCAAUCAGUGCAUCAACACAAACUAUGGAUCUUGGCUCAGGAAGCUCCCACAACCCUCCAGAAUUUGUGAAUCACGGUUUGCUUUUGUGGAAUCAGAUCCGACAACAAUGGAUUGGGAGUAAAAAGCCUGAAAACCAGCCACAAGUAAAAGAGAGCGGUUUAGGCUGGAAUGCUACGUAUGAUAGCAUGCUGAGCACCAAUAAGCCAUUUCCACAGCAUAUCCCUCUCCCUGAAAUGGUGGAUUUCCUUGUGGACGUGUGGGAGCAGGAGGGCAUGUAUGACUAGGGGCCUUCAAAUUAAUGAGUUUGUGAAUCUAAUAAUAUCUGAAUACUAUCUGUACGUGUGUCUCUCAGACAUUGUGUUUUUUUUUCCUCCUCAAUUGGGAGGCAACUUGGUCUCUUUAACCUUAA